UUCUCAUCCAGCAUGCUGGGUGGACGGCGGGUAAGGCUGAUCAUGAGCCGAUUAUCCUGACGCCCAUGAGAGCGGCCAUUCUCCCUCUAGAAGGCUUCACACAUCUCGCGGAAAAUAUUGGAACACAAGUUGAAGACUCUCUCAAGAUCCAAGCAGACAGGACAAACAAGCAAAGUGAUGAUUGAUAUCCCAGAGCAGCCAAAGAAAUGGCCUUACGGAGUAGUAUGGAGAAGGAGGGAAGGAGUCUUGGUGGGGGAAGAAGCACUGGACUGCUGUCACCUGCCUGUGCUGCCUCAGGUCUGCUAUUUUGCGUCUCCCGGGUCUGGUGGCUUCCUCUCCAAUCCACACCUCUCUCUCUCAUUCAUCGUUUUCAUCAAUUUACAACCCUCCUCUGGCACUUUUCCCUUCGUCUCUCUCAUCUCGCUGUGACCCCCACUUCGUUCCCAACAACAACUUCCGACCAACGGCAAGACACAUAUGUACAGUCGCACAAAAACUCUCUUGAAACCAAGGAUAUCCUGGUCCAAAGAACGCAUUUGAGCUCUCAUGUACUGACUAGCUUGGGCCGUUGAAUCUACAGUCCGUGUGAUCAAGCCAAGCACCCGAGUGGAGCACCAAAAACAAAUCACGAAACACCGCCAACUCACCAGAUAACCCGGGUCGGUAGCCCACCUUCCUCUGUGCCCUGUCGUCCAUCACGUCGAAUGUUGGUGGCAUUUCAACCAUCUCUCCUCUGUUCCAUAAUUUCUGUUGUUUUGAAGGUCCACUAUUUCCCGGAAGAUAUUGUGCCUGGGCCACUGUGACUCUGAGGGCUUGGUACGACAGAGUGUUGAUCCUCCACCACACACCGAUCCAACGUCAUCAGGGGAGACCGCAUAUCGGCAAACGUGCUGUGGUUAUUGCACAUAACAGACGACAGUCUAUGCACAGCACAUUUUGUUUAUCUUUUCAUCAUCAAUUAUGGGAAUAGUCAAAGAGCUUGUCGAACUUACCCACCAUACUGACCAUAUCAGUCUUGAAGCCUCUCCAGGGCCCGCCGACAGCAGAUUAAAUUCUGAAUUCUCACCUCCCGUAUCCACCCAUUUGGGUCGUAUCUAUAAAACCCUAAAAGAAUCACCGGAGUCCGAUUUCCUUCGGGAUGUGCAACACGAGUCCCAAGAUGUGAUUGCCACUCGCCAGGGGCCAGCAAACCCUCUCACCUCCUUGGAUACAUUUGCUGCGUACAUGUCCAGCCCAGCGUCGUCUGCAGUACGCCCCGCAACAAGACAGGAGCUUUCUUCGCCAAUUGCGGACUAUUUCAUCUCUUCGAGUCACAAUACCUACCUGACCGGCAACCAACUGUACAGUGACGCAGCUGCGAGCGCUUAUGCCAAUGCUCUUCUCACUGGUUGCCGAUGUGUUGAAAUUGACAUCUGGGACGGUGACCCAUCAGACAAUGACGAUGACACUAGCAGUAGCAGUAGCGACGACUCCAGCUCCGACGAAAAGAAGGUCGCUCGGCGUCAGAAGCAAGAAAAGCCAAAGAAGGAAAAGCUCUCCCGCAUGAAAUCCGUUUCGUCCAAACUGGGAGGCUUGUUGGGUCGCAGGUCGCCUCAUCAUGCUGAGUCUGCUCCCAAAGAAACUGGCGUGGCUGCUAGUACCGCAGUGCCGGUGCCGCCACGCCCAGAGCCCAAAGUGCUCCAUGGUCACACGCUGACCAAGGAUAUAACGUUUCGGGACGUAUGCCAUGUCAUUCGAGAUAACGCGUUCGUGACGAGUGACCUUCCGGUCAUUGUGAGUCUGGAAGUGCAUGCAUCACUCGAGCAACAGGUCACAAUGGUGGAGAUCAUGGAGGAGACGUGGAAGGGGAUGCUGGUCGAAGUCACACCCGAAAUCGCAGCCACCAACAGCCUUCCAGCGCCUGAGGCUCUGAAACGAAAGAUCCUGAUUAAGGUGAAGUAUGUGGCUCAAACGAGCCAAGGAGAGGCGGACGACGCGGAGGAUGAUCGCACGGACGAGCUCGAACCCUCGAGCCAACAACAACCCAGUCAGGGUGUAUCCAAUAGCUUAGCUACCACCGGCGAUCCCACCGCCCCACCGCCCAAAAAGCCCUCGAAGAUCCUACACGAUCUCAGUAAAUUGGCCGUUUUCACCAAAGGAUUUCAUUUCAGCCACUUUGCACAACCAGGUAAGUUUGAACGAAAGGAAAAGACUAGCUUCAUGGCUACCCGAUCACUUUCCCACAUCCCGGUUCGAAUUCAAUCCCCCACCCCCAAAGGAUCCGACUAUCCGCAUAUUAGCCCACAUAUUAGCCCAGUAUCGACCAAAGGCAGGGACAGAGCAAAAGUUAACUUUCCUUUCCCCGUCUGACAGAGGCCAAAGUCCCCGGACACGUGUUUUCCCUUUCAGAAAAUGCGGCUCGGGCAGCAUAUGCGAAGGAGCGGGACGCGCUCUUUGAGCACAACCGCCACCACUUCAUGCGGGUCUAUCCGUAUGGGCUGCGCGUAACGUCCUCCAAUUACGAUCCGACCUCCUUCUGGCGCUGUGGCGCCCAGAUAGUCGCGCUGAACUGGCAGUACCUAGACAAAGGAAUGAUGCUCAAUCACGCCAUGUUUGACGGUGAGCAGGGCUGGGUGCUCAAGCCUCAGGGUUAUCGCGGAUCCGACCCCCCUGGUGGAGGCAACAUCGUCCGUAGCCAUCUUGACCUGACAAUUGAGGUCCUCGCCGGCCAAGCAAUUCCGCUACCUCCCGGCGACACUAGGGAAAAGGGGUUCCAUCCUUACGUGAGCUGCUCGCUGCACGUCGAGACGCCGCCGGAGGAGGAGACCGAAUCAGCCAACGCAGACGAUAGCACCGAUUCCGAGGAGACUAGCUACAAGCGGACCAUUAAAAGCGACUCCGGAUCCAACCCGGACUUUGGCGGGCAGAAGCUUCAAUUCCCGAAACUGUCGGGAAUCAUCGAGGAGUUGACCUUUGU